ACUCUUUUUUUCCACACGUAAACAUUUUAAAAAAAAAAAAAAUUAUGUCGGGAUCAAAAAAUAGAUUAGACGCUAUCCAGCAGCACAUGACACCUGAGCAAAAGCAUGCAGUGGCUGUCGAUCCUGUAGCCAGUAUGACAGAAGAACGUGCGAAGGCUGUCUUCAAUAUUCGGGAAUUAACCUACUUAUUAGACGGUGGUGAAAAAACUACCUUGUUGAAGGAACGUUUUAUGCAAGAUUUUGAAAGAGAUCCCUUAUUUAAAAUGGAUGAUAUUCAUGAUAUUUCAAAAGACGAACUUCGUGAAAGAACCAUGGAAAAGUUCCGUAGUUUGAUUCAUCAUCUUUCUAAUGAACCCUUGGAUAUUUUCAAAAAACGUAUGGAGAUUGUCAGUUUGAUCGAUCCCGGUUUCUGGACUCGCUUCGGUGUACAUUAUGGUUUAUUCGUAGGUGCUUUACAAAGUAACGCUACUUCAGGACAAUUAGGUUACUGGUUUCAAAAGGGUGCCUUAUCUUUGUCUGGCAUGGUCGGCUGUUUUGCCAUGACUGAACUCGGUCACGGAUCCAAUGUACCCGGAUUGGAAACUACAGCUACCUUUGAUGAAGCUUCCGAUCAAUUUAUUAUUCAUACACCUACUGUUACCGCAACAAAAUGGUGGAUUGGUGGUGCUGCUCAUUCGGCUACUCACUCUGCUGUCUUUGCUCAACUUGUCGUCAAGGGCAAGAACUACGGAACCAAAUGUUUCAUCGUUCCUCUUCGUGACCCCAAGACCUACAACACUUUACCCGGUAUUAAUAUUGGUGAUCUCGGUAAAAAGAUGGGUCGUGAUGGUAUCGAUAACGGUUACAUUCAAUUCACCAACGUCCGUAUCCCUCGUGCUUACAUGUUGAUGAAACAUGCUAAAGUCUCUCGUUCCGGUGUUGUUAAGGAGCCCAAGUUACAACAGUUGACUUAUGGUGCUCUUCUUCAAGGUCGUGUUGCCAUGGUUGUCGAUAGUGGUCAUACUUCCAAGAAAGCCUUGACAAUCGCUAUCCGUUAUGCCGCUGUACGACGUCAAUUCAGCAAUUCGAAAUCCGACGUCGAAACCAAGUUACUCGACUAUCCUAUCCACCAACGUCGCUUGAUGCCCUUGUUGGCACAGACAUUUGCUAUGUUGUUUACCGGAAAUGAAAUGUCUGCCAUGUAUAACAAGAUGAUGGGACGUUUAGAGAAUGCCAAGAGUGGUGAUACUGAUUUAGAAGAGGUAUUGGAGAUGUUGAAGGAAACACAUUCAACAAGUGCAGGCUUAAAGGCAUUUUGUACUUGGAAUUGUUUGAGUACAAUUGAAGCAUGUAGACAGGCGUGUGGUGGACAUGGUUACUCCGCAUAUACAGGCUUAGCGGGUAUGUAUCAGGAUUUCGCAGUUCAAUGUACUUGGGAAGGUGAUAAUACCAUCUUGACAUUGCAGUUGGGACGUUACUUGAUUGGUAGUUAUCGUGAAGCCGUCAAAGGAAAGAAGCUUUCACCUGGCGUGGGUUACUUGAACAACCUUCAACAAUUGAUUGGAAAGAAAUGUAGAGCCGAUGCCAAUUUAUUGGAUCCCCAAGUUAUUAUCGAGGGUUGGCAAGUUGUGUGUGCCAAUGUGGUACAAAACGCCGCUUUAGAAUUUGAGGAUUGUAUUAAACGUGGAUUAGAUAUCGACGAUGCGUAUGAACAAUGCUCUCAAUCAAGACUUUAUGCUGCCAAGAUUCACUCUUAUGGAUACUUGUUCAAUCGAUUUGUGGAUGGUGUUAGUAAAGUCCAAGACAAUUUGAAGCAUGUCCUGAUGGAAGUCUGUCUCUUGUAUGGUUUGUACACUGUCGAAGAAAAUGCCGGUGCUUUCUUACAGUAUGAGUAUUUCUCACCCACACAAAUGGAACAAAUUCGUACCAAGACCAAUGAGCUUUGUGCCGCUGUGCGAGAACAAGCCAUUCCAUUGGUGGAUGCGUUUAAUUUAACAGAUUAUAUGGUCAAUAGUCCAUUAGGCCGUGCCGAUGGAAAUGUGUACGUACAUUACUUUGAUCAGGUGAAGCGUUCAAACCCUCAAGGACCUCAUCCUUAUUUCAAUCGAUUGAUCAAGCCCUUGAUUGAACGCCAAAUUGAUAAUGAUGAUGAUAUCGAGGAUGAAGAAGCCGGUUUAGAAGAAGAUGAAGAAGAGGACGAUGAAGAAUAAAUAGUACACCCCAUACACUUUAUAUAUAUAAUUUAUUAGAUAAUACACAUACCUUUUUUUUUUCUUUCAAAUCAUUAAUCAAGUUAUUAUGCAACUAGACAAAUUUGAGUUGCGGUUGGUCAAUGAUACAACCAUUUCUUUAUCAGCGGCAUAUGUUGUUUUUCACAAUUUACAAAAAUAAAGACAGCAUUGAAACAUGGGUAUUAAAAAGAUUGUUGUUUCCGAUAACAAAGCCGCUUUAACAGUACAGCAUCUUGUAGGAUAGCUAUUCCCCAAGCUCGAUCGGUGCCAAAAUCCCCGUCUCUUUAUAUUUUCAGAUAUUUUAGUUUUUGCACCGGAUUGACGGUCUGCAUGCGUUUUAUUUGAGCUCUUGAUGUCAAGGACCUUGAACGUCUGAAUUGAGUGCUUCUACGCCUGACCUUCUUAACAGG